AUGUAUGAAGUGCAGGAUCUGUCGGACCACGCAGUUGGGGGCCUCUCCCGCAAGUUUUCCGAUGACAUUUGGCCAGCUUUUACAAAUUCCGUGGGGAAUUUGUGUGACGCGCCCAAUGAGACAACCAAAGAAAAAGAACGGCACAGCCUACGCUACGUCUAUACACACAGUUGUCAGCAGCACCGUGUACGUCCCAAGGCCGAUGUGUUGAGGCAGCUUCCCUCCUUUGUAGGUGAAGAUUGGGUCAAGAAGGUGAAGGUGCUUGAUUUUUCGCUUGCCUACAUGGGACGUGAUGGCUGUGCCGCGCUUGUCCCUGUUAUUGGCCUUUGCACCUCCAUGACACAUCUACUUAUGCCCUCUAUUGGUUUGACGGAGGAGGCGGCAUGGCCACUCCUUGCCAUUCUGCAGACGCACCCCUCAUUGACAUGGAUGGAUCUCUCUGGCAACCAACUGAACGACAACGUGGGACGAUGGAUUUUAAAUAUGGUGCUGGAAAACCCCACCAUUCAGUUUGUACUGCUCAGAGACGCGGGUAUCAGUCUUCCAUUGGUGUCAAAAAUAUCACGUCAGUUGCAUCGUGAGAAACACGAGCGCGCGGGUGGGUUAAUUUCAUUUAAACAAUCACUUGACUUGGAUCGACUCUCAUUUUCGUUUGAAACAACCCUCUCGGCAUCUGUUUCCACGUAUGAUGCAUCACGAGGACGUCGGAUUCCGGCAUUUGUUGCUUCUGGAUUGGCGGAGCUGCGCCAUCGGUUACACCACAAUCGGCACUGCAUUCAAAAAAUAUAUGAAUGCUUCAUGCUUCCCAAGGGCGAGGCGGAUGGAAUUGAGGACGACUGCGGGGAACCUGUUGUGGAUAUUGUCAAUAUGAACGGAGAGUGGGACACUGUUUCCAUUUCUGCCAUGUAUACUGGGAAAUGCUCGUGGCGGGCCUUUUUUCGCGGUCUGCGUCUCCUGGGCAUCCACGCGGUUUCCCGCUCUCUUACGGAGAGUGUGACUUUCGCAACCAUCUGCGGUAUAUGUAACUUGGAGACGAUUUAUUUUGGGAAGCUGCUGAGCUUCUUAAGGCCGCAUGUGGCACUCAAGAUGGUGGCACCGUGGAAGACUGACAGUAGUAGCACAACCCACUGGAUUGCUGGUGCGGAUGAAUACUCUUUGACUAGUGAAUUACAGGAGUCUGCUGUGGGACCAACGCAAAGACUGUUUUCAAGCAGCACUCCUUGUCCCUUCUCCGCUUUGCGGGUUUUGUCGCGAUCGGAGGCAGGGAAUUCUGCGUGCUCUUUGCUUGCGGCAGAGAACGUCGCUGCCAGGCCCCACAGCCCUGAGAGUGUUCCGCUAAUCCUCAAACCGCGCGAUAGUGCCGGUUUGAGACGCAAGAGUGCUCCUGGGAAACUGACGUUGGGUUGCUCAAAUACUUUUAAUUCAAAAGCCCUGUUGAGUCUGACGAACUCAGGGACGCCUGUUGGGGCUCUGGAGGAUCAAUUUAGGCUCGAUCGCUUUUUUGUGAGUCGAGAGAUGCAGUAUGUGGUGGAUCGCCUCUAUGAUGCCCGAGACACUCUGCGUGAAUCGUUUCAACCAGGCGACGGAGACGAUGCGGCAGCGCCGUUCAUGGUUCCUGUCGAUGGUUUGCUGGAACAGGCGGUGUCCUUUCUAGGAGAGAAUUAUCGGGAGAAAGUGGUGGCCGUGCUGAAAUCCUCCGGUGCAGAGAAAGAUGUGUGCCCCAUGCUGCACCUGGAAAAAUGGCUCAAUUCCAUGUAUAUACCCGAAACACGGGCAUCCAAUGUGCCUCCUUUUUCUUUGUCAAAGGAGAGGGGCAUGUGGAGAGGUGUGUCGGUGGAAAGACUCCAAAGUGUACUCCAGUUAUACUGA